AUGUCGACGAUUCCAGCGACUGCAACCACAAAUGCAAUCACAGCAGCUGCAGAUGGAACAGCUUCUGAAACAGCAACUAUAACUGCGACCACUUCGGAGACCGGUUCAACUGCGACAACAACUACAACUGCUAUAGCUGCAGCGACAACUGCCACAGAUUACACAGCGUCUAAAAGUUAUACAAUUACGAUUUCCAAUUAUCCCAAUAACUUAGGUAAUGGUCAGAGGAACGUGUGGAGGAGACGCCCGAACAUGAGAGCCAACCUCACGCAGGCGACCAUGACCUCCAAGAACACCAAGGCAAGGAGCACACUGGACUGCCUGACCAGAUGCUUGAAAACUUUGCAGGAUCUAUGCAAGUCUGUAAACUACUUUGACGAGCUGGGUACGUGUGAAUUUGCCCAGAUAGAUGCAAACAACGGCCCCAUUACGGCCCUAGAAGAAUAUGAAAGGUGGUCCUGGUGGUAUCUAGACGCGGUGUUCACCUCCAACACUUAG